AUGUCAUUGGGGCAGAUAUCCUACACGCGUGAGGCGUUUCUGGCCUUGAAAUCGCAAGCACAUGAAGCCAAUCUCCCACCGCACAUGAACAGUCCGGAGUACAUGAAGUAAGUUGGUUUUAUUUUAUAUUAUUCUUUGUUUAGUGCCGAUGGAAAGUUUGUGCCUGAUAAAUACAUAGAAGGCUUGUGGAAGUUGGAAAAAGGGUCGGGGAAGAAGAAAGCCGAUCUCUCUGACGCCUUCACUAAUGGAUCGUCGCUGUCGCCACAACGCCGAGGAUUUUCUGGUGGAUGUAAAGAAGUGUCAAGCAAUGGUAAUAUCGGUUUUUUAUUUGUAUUGGGGAUUUUAGCUGUUUUUACGACCAUUUUGGAAGUAUGAGAUCUCUAAAAUUUUGUAAAAUUUUUAAAAUAUUAUUUAAAAACAUAAUUUAAGAUGAAACGAGUCUUCGGCGACGAGCAUUGAACAAUAAUCUCCCAGCUACGUCGCAAAACUCCAAACGCACUAAAAAUGGAGUCAAAGGCUCUACCUCAACGUUUGGAAAGAAGUUUACACGAAAGGACGAGAAGAACGAGGAAAUACCGGAAUGGAUGGAUGGCGGACCGUUGGAUCACAAUGAAAUUAUACCUUUAGGUGGAUUUGAUGACGAAAAAGAAAAAAAGGUUAAAACGGAAAAGAAGUCUUGUAAGUUAUAUAUUAAUAUCUGCGUUUGAAGAAGUAUAUAUGUUUUGUGGAAAGUACUGUAUAACAGCUUUAGUUUGACUUUAAGUAACGAUAAAAUAUAUUGUUGUAUAGAUCUUUUAGUUUUGGUUGUUAAAACUUUGUUUUUAGAUUUGCUGAACGCAUUGACGAAAGACGAUGCAGCUCCGAAGUCAUCUUCUUCCUUAUUACCUGAGUCUGAUUUGGAAUUUGCUGCUCAAUUUGGAUUAUUGGAUAUAAUGGCAAUAAGUAACGCGGUAAGUUCGAGAAAAACAAAAAUUGAAUUUUUGUUUAUGUUAAUCUUUCUGACAUUUUUACUUAACUAUUAUUUAUUUAUUGGAAUCUUAAUUUGACAGAACAUUAACAUUUUAACGAUAAUGUUUUCAGAAUAAAACAGAAGCUCCAGAAGCCCCAAAACAAAGCAGGUUAAGUCAAUUCUUCUCGGAAAAACCCAAAGAAAAUACUCAAUCAACCCUUCCUCCAGCUGUAGCUAUGUUACUAAAAGGCGCUUCUAAUGCACAUUCUGCGCAAAAGCCACCGAUGAAAACCCAAAUAAUGGACGAACAAACACUUCUGGAUUGCUUCAAAAGUAACAUUUUUGACUUUUUAUUUUAAAAUUUAGGUUUUGACGGUUAAAAUACAUGUAAAAAUAAAAAAAUUAGUAUUUUUAAAUAUCUACAUGUAAGAAUUUCUUUUUAUGUAUUUUUUUGAUUAAGAAAACUUAUAUUAUGAUUGUUUGUAGGGUCUGAAAACAUGCCAAAUCUGCCAAAACCGAUCGAAGAAGAGUCGUGGGACGAAGAAGUGGAAGAACUCAAGAAACUAGUACUCAGUGAUUACGCUGCUUCAGAACCCGUUCGCAAAUUAGAACUUGAAACAAAGACCCCUGUUAUGAAGCAGACUUCUUCAACAGCCCCUCCUGUAGAUACGAACAUUCCCCAACAGUCUAUGCCUUCUGCGAUGCCUGGAGCUCCACCUUUCUUCCCCAUGAAUCCAAACAUGAUGAGAAUGACUCCAAAUGGAGGAAUGAUGCCUCCGAUGAUGAUUCCCGGUCCAAAUGGAAUGCCAAUCUAUCAUCCUGGUUACAUUAACUACGUGGAACACAUGAUUGCUGUGGGCCAAAUUGACGCAACUAACCCGCGGGUCGAGAUGAUGUUGCAGCAGAUGAAGUACCAGAAGCAGAUCUUUGGGAACCCACCCAACCCUUUCAUGCAACCCGUGAUGCCACCAGGAUCUUCAGGAGAGAGAGGCUUUGUUCCACCGUCAAGCAUGUCUUCUAGCACCUCGUCCCCAGCUCCUGCGAAGACGAAGCCUGCUUUUGAUCUGGUGCCAACGGCCGUCAUGUUACAACAAACCAAACAACAACAUAAAGAGGAACGCGACAACAAAUGUAGGUUUAUUUUGUUAUAGAAGACAAAAUGCAAUGAGUUCUGAAGCUUUGAGAGGAUGAUAAGUAGAUUUAUAAAAACACAUUUAAAAUGUAUCUCCUGCGACGUUAGAGCUUUGGGUGCUACAGUUCAGAAAGCUUUUAAAGUUUGAAAAUACUAUGGUUUUGAAAUUUCAGCGCCUAGCACGAUAACAGAUAAGUCGCGGAGCGGGUCGUCAACCUCACUAAAUGCCAGACGAUCCUCAAAUCCUCCAGACUCUCAGAUUCCACUAAAUUCUACCCCAACUCCUUCAAUGAUGCCUCCUUUCAUGGGUGCACCACCACAAAUGGGACCGUAUGGUUCGGCUGGAUAUGCACAGAUGGGUAUGCACGUCUUCCCGGUACCACAUCCACUUGGUGAGACCUGAUAUACAAUGUUGUACACAGUUUUUUGUGAAUUUGUUUGGUGAUUGAUGUUGUACAUGUGAUAUGUUGUAUAUCGAGGUAGACUGGGCGUUGUGGUCGAUUUUUAUUGAUAUUAUUGUAAUUGAUAGCUGUUUUAUAAUUUAGUUUUUUGGUUUUAAAUUGCAUGGAACUUUUCGUUUUGAACAAAUUUUGUAAUUUUUUAAACUUUUUGGCUAAAACUUUAAAUUGUAGAGUUGUUUUAUAGUUUAUUCCUUUUCUGGUUGAUUUUAUAUUAUGGUAAAUAGUUUUAGCGUUACAAAUGGAAGCCAAAAGGCUACAAGAAGCUCACCAAAGAGGCGAUUCGGCCGCCGUCGCUUAUCUCCAAAACAGUAUCCAAACGCAGCUACAGGCUCUCACUUGUCUUCAGAAUGCAGCAGCUCAAAACAUGGCUCAGGGCGGGUAUCCGAUUGGUCAUUCACUACAUUUAAUGCAACAGAAAGCUGGAGAAUGCCCACCUAAUGUAAGUCAACUUUUUAAUAUAGAAUUCUUUUUAAAUUAAGAUUGAGGACACUUUUGUAAAAAAGCGUAUUAAAAAAGGUUAAAAUUUUUACGCUAACGGUUAAAGUAAUGUUAAUUAACAUACGGUUCUUUUUUUAGUAUCCCGGUCCAAUUGGUGGAAUGCAGCCAGAAGAACCUCCUCGAAACUCUGGCGGUCUCCCUUCGGUGUUUCAAAAGUUGUCGCAACUUCACGAUCAACAAAGAAACGUUCCUUCCAACCUUUCCAUCUUGAACAAACUUCCACCCAAUGUUCAGCCAUUGACCGUAGAAGAGUUGGAGAAACAGUUGGCGUCGUCAUAA